AUGCGAACUGCCACCUUUCUGCUCCUGAUUUUUGCUCUUUUCUUCCAAGGGUCAAAUGCGGUCACAGAAUGUGAGGAAUGCACUGCAAUAGUCGAUCUGCUGAGAUUCAGAUGGGGCGAUGAACACACGGAAGAUUGUAUCGUGGAAAUCGCCAAAUUCAUCUGCGAUACUUUUCACAUUGAAGACAACGAUGUUUGCAACUACAUCGUGUCGGAUUUCUCGGACGAAUUUAUGUACGUUAUCAAGCAAAUUCUAAUCACACCGCACCAACUAUGCGGCUUGUUAAUGCACAAUGAUUGUGGUGAAUUUGUCGAUCCAUUAUUGGAAACAUGGAACAUUACAAUUCCCGGAAAUCAGCCACCAUUCAUUCCGCAAAAGGCUGUUCCUGAAGGAAAGCCGACACUUCGAGUCCUUCAUCUUACUGAUCUGCACGUCGAUAUGUAUUAUACCCCAGGUCUUGAAGUCGAAUGCGACACCCCGCAAUGUUGUAGACCACAGGAUUUGAAUGUGGAAAUAACAGAAAACGUCCGUGUUCCAGCUGGACAAUGGGGAAAUGUUGGAAACUGCGACACUCCUUAUUGGCUGUUCACCAAUAUGCUCGAACAUAUCACAAACACUAGUGGACAUCUUGAUUAUGUGAUGGUCUCCGGUGAUCUCGUUUCGCAUACGGUUUGGGCUUACACACCCGAAACUCAUUCGUUCAUGGUCCGCAAUUUGUCGAGCACAAUUCGCGCGUAUUUCCCAAAUACGCCGGUCUAUUUCGCUGUUGGCAAUCACGAAGGAGUUCCGAUCGACAAUUUGGCUCCACAUUUCACACCAAAGAAAUACCAUCCAGAUUGGCUUUAUGACACAAUGGCUGAGUCGUGGAAAGGAUGGGUUCCUGAGGAUCAACAAAAAGAGCUUAAAUACAAUGGAUGCUAUAUGAAGAAAAUUUAUCAAGGAUUGCGGAUCAUCUCACUGAACAAUGUUUAUGGAGAUAGAAUGAACUUCUGGCUUUAUAUCAAUCAAACCGAUCCGGAUGGCACUCUUGCGUGGCUGAUCAAGCAGCUUUCGGAUGCCGAGAAAGCUGGAGACAAGGUUCACAUCGUUGCCCACAUUCCUGGAGCCGAUGGAGAAGCCCUCGAAGGAUACGCAAUCAAUUACUAUCGAAUCAUUAACCGGUUUGCAAACACUGUCGUCGGGCAAUUCUUCGGGCAUACGCAUUCGGAAAAAUUCUACAUGAUGUACGCUGAUCCGGAUGAUUAUAAAUCGACACCAACAAAUGUGGUUUAUUCGGCACCAUCAGUCACCACUUAUUCAGAUUUCCAUCCGGCCUAUAGAAUUUAUACAAUUGAUGGUGAUUAUCCAGGAUCAACAUAUCAAGUCAUCGAUUUCGAGGAAUGGUUCUUCAAUUUGACUGAAAAUAACCGCGAUCCAUGGAAUGCGCAAUGGAAACAAUUGUACAAAUCAGCAAAUUUGGAAUACGGCUUGAAAUCGCAAAUUCCAUCAGAAUGGAACAACUUGAUCGAGAGAAUGAAGACUGAUCAGAAUCUGUUCACGAAAUAUUAUCACAAUAUCUAUCGUCGCGACUAUUUCGACGGUCUUCAUGAAUGCACCAGCCAGAGCUGCAGAAAUUCGCAUCUUUGUGAUGCUCGAAAGUUCCAUCAAACCAACAAGCUGUGUGCGGAUUUGGAAGGUGCCGAUAAUGUGAAAAUAAAAGAAAAAAAGAGUCCAAAUUAUACUGCGAGAUUCCGUUCGAAAAACACUCGACGCGAUAAUCAUGAUUGUAAAAUUUGA